AGCACCCACCUGCUCUCCGUGGAAUACAACAGCAUGUCAUCCUUGGUUCCUUGACACCCGAUAGUUUGCCGCAUUCCCUCGCACGGCUCGCCCUGGGUCUCUUUCUCCACCCCUUCCUGUCGUCCUCCCGUGCUCCCUCCUAGUCUGCCUCUAUGUCUAGAAGCGCGAGCUCGGACGUCGAAGAGUCGAUGUCGGGAAGGACAGGUGUGGGGGUGCAUCUGACGAGGAGGUCGGACGGAAGCUUCUUCGUCCGUGACCUUGUUCCUAACGGCAGUGCUGCCAUGAGCGGGCAAGUGCAGAUCGGGGAUUUCAUAAUGGCGAUCGACGGGGAGCCUCUUCUUGGCAGGAGCAUGGAGUUUGCUGCCUCGCUGAUAACAGGAGAGAUUGGAACGCAGGUCAACCUCACGCUGCUGCGUUACGAUGAAUGGAUGCAAACCUACAACGAGGAUGGAGAUUUGAUCGAGGAGUCGCAGACCGACCAAGCGUACCUCAUCGAAGUCAUCCUUGAGAGGAUCCAGCUCUCGCAUGUGACGGGUCAGCGGUCUGUUGUUCCUCUUUUUGGAAUCGGCCUAGGACUCGAUCCCUGCCCUCAGGGAGGAGUCGUUCAGAUGCUUGUUCCUGGAGGAGCAGCUGCACAGAGUGGCGAGAUCGGGGUUGGGGAUGUUGUUGUUAGUGUAAAUAAUGAGAGAAUCAUCGGGUGGACGUCGACAAGGCUUCGCAACUGCUUUCUUGGUCCGUUCGGCACAAAGAUCUCCUUGGGGAUCAUCAAGGCCACUCAACAUCCUCUCGAAGACGGGCUCCUCCACCUCCAGCCUGUCGACCUCGUACGAGGAGGAGGCGUUCUCAUGAAGUGGUAUGAGAGACCACCUCGGGGAUUCUUCGGAGGAGCGCGAAGGGCAUCUCCUUCCCUCCCCUCUCCCUCCACCACCUUGUCGGAGAUUCCCAGCAGCGAGAGGCCGGAGGAUGGAGAAGGGCAGGUGAAUUCUGUGUGA